AUGGGUGAAUUCGUGCCGAAAUUUGAACGCGAUCUGGAGAAUCGCAAUACGGGACCGAAGGCGUUGCCGACAUCGGGCGCAAUCCCGGUGCGUAAUGAGAAAGGUGAAGUGACAAUGCAGAAAGUGAAAGUGGUACGCUAUAUGGCUGGAAAAAUGUAA